UUUAACCACUCUGAUAUUAAUAAGCACACUUCUUUUUCAAUUUUUUUAAAAAAUGUUUAAUGUAUUUUUAUUUAUUUUUGAGAGAGAGAGAGAGACAGAGACAGAGACAGAGUAUGAGCGAGGGAUGGUCAGAGAGAGAGGGAGACACAGAAUCCUUCAGGUUCUGAGCUAUCAACACAGUCUGAUGUGGGGCUCAAACUCAUGAACUGCAAGAUCACGACCUGAGCUAAAGCUGGACGUUUAACUGACUGAGCCACCCAGGCACCCCAAUAAGCAAACUUCUAAAUAAUCCAUGGAACAAACAGGAAAUUUCAAAGGACAUUUUAAAAAACACUGAAAGAAUUUGUUUCUCUUCCACCAUGCAGGGAGCUUGAAACUCAUCACUUCCAUCCAAAUAGCAAGAAAAGAGUUGAACAAACUGAAGAUCCACAGCUUUUUUAAAGAUCCAUCAGAGAAUUUAGAUCACAGGACAAACUACUUUCCCCCAAAUUGGAGAGACAUGCAGAUACAGAGGAAUCACAGUUUAUCAGAGCAGAAAGCCAAGAAUAAAAACCUCCAUGGGAACCAGUAGCAGAUCUGGCAUAUCCUUGUGCUCAUAAUGAGAAUAGUUCUGCUGCAAUCAAUCAAGAUGAACCUCAUGGACAUCACCAAGAUUUUCUCCCUCCUGCAGCACGACAAGGAGGAGGAGGACACCGACACAGGGGAGAAGCAGGCUCUCAAUCAAGCAGUGUAUGACAACGACUCCUAUACCUUGCACCAGCUUUUGUGCCAGGAGCGUUACAAACGUUUCAUCAACAGUAGAAGUGGCUGGGGUGUUCCUGGGACACCCUUGCGCUUGGCUGCUUCUUAUGGCCACCUCAGUUGUUUGCAGGUCCUCCUGGCACAUGGUGCUGAUGUUGACAGCUUGGAUGUCAAGGCACAGACACCACUUUUUACUGCUGUCAGUCAUGGCCAUCUGGACUGUGUGCGUGUGCUUUUGGAAGCUGGUGCCUGUCCUGGUGGUAGUAUCUACAACAACUGUUCUCCCGUGCUCACAGCUGCCCGUGAUGGUGCUGCUGCCAUCCUUCAGGAACUCUUAGGCCAUGGUGCAGAGGCCAAUGUCAAGGCUAAACUACCAGUCUGGGCAUCAAACAUAGCUUCAUGUUCUGGCCCCCUCUAUUUGGCUGCAGUCUAUGGGCAUCUUGACUGUUUCCGCCUGCUUUUGCUCCAUGGGGCAGACCCCAACUACAACUGUACUGACCAGCACCUAUUGGCUCGUGUCCCACAGCCCCGCACCCUCCUUGAAAUCUGCCUCCACCAUAAUUGUGAGCCAGAGUACAUCCAGCUACUAAUUGAUUUCGGUGCUAACAUCUACCUUCCAUCUCUCUCCCUGGACGUGAACUUGCAAGAUAAUAAAGGCACUGCAUUGCUGCUACAGGCCCGAGCCACUCCACGGUCACUACUGUCACAGGCCCGUUUAGUUAUCCGCAGAGCCCUGCACCAGGCCAGCCAGCCACAAGCCAUUGACCAGCUGGAUCUUCCCCCUGUGUUGAUUAGCUACCUCAAACACCAACUGUAAUCUUGCAGCCUUAACAGAAACCCACAAUACCUACAAAAACCACCUGGAGACCCAGGUAGCUGAAGGGCUCCACCCAUUCACCUGGAGCUACUCCAUAUCCUCCACAAUAAGAUACUCAUCAAAAUAAAUCCUGGUGGCUGCUCUCCUGUAUUAUCCUCCACAAUAAAAUCCUCAUCAAAAUAAA